AUGGUCCCGGGAGGCGACCUGCUCCCUGGAGCCCAAGGCGGCCGUUUCCCCUUCGCCGCUUUCCCGGGUGGAGGUGAAGUUCUGCACUUUGAGAACAGCGUGUGCCCUCGCCCUGAGAGUGUGCCCGCUUCAGAGGUGCCCCGUGCUCCUCCCGGAGCGAGCGGGGGGCAGAGCGUGGGGCGCCUCCGCCCCUCGAGCCGCACGGCCGCGCCCCGCCGGGGGCCGGGCCCUCGGGGAGGGCCUUCUGGAUUGUGGCGGGAGCGCGCGGCUUUCGGGUGCUCUCUGCCGCCCUCCAGAGGCCGCCUCCUGCCGCCGGCGGGCCCGGCUGGGUCUCCAGCGGUUCCCGGCGGCCCCGACCCCUCCGUCCUGACUGCUGCUCCGGGGGGCGGGAGGGGGCUUCACACUGGGGGUCGCGUCUCCAUCCCGGUGUCUGUUCCUGGAGAUCCACGUACGCGGGGAAGCAGCUCUGCCGGCCUCAGACGGAGGGCGAAGGUCUGUGCCGGGCAGUGA